AUGCGUCUCUCCAAAACCCUGGUCGACAUGGACAUGGCUGACUACAGCGCCGCGCUGGACCCGGCCUACACCACCCUGGAGUUCGAGAACGUGCAGGUGCUGGCCAUGGGCAACGACACGUCCCCGGCGGAAGGCGCCAACCUCAGCGCGCCCAACAGCCUGGGCGUCAGCGCCCUGUGCGCCAUCUGCGGCGACCGGGCCACGGGCAAGCACUAUGGCGCCUCCAGCUGCGACGGCUGCAAGGGCUUCUUCCGGAGGAGCGUGCGCAAGAACCACAUGUACUCCUGCAGGUUCAGCCGGCAGUGCGUGGUGGACAAAGACAAGAGGAACCAGUGCCGCUACUGCAGGCUCAAGAAGUGCUUCCGGGCUGGCAUGAAGAAGGAAGCUGUGCAGAACGAGCGGGACCGGAUCAGCACUCGCCGCUCCAGCUACGAGGACAGCAGCCUGCCGUCCAUCAACGCGCUGCUGCAGGCCGAGGUCCUGUCCCAGCAGAUCACCUCCCCCGUCUCCGGGAUCAACGGAGACAUUCGGGCCAAGAAGAUCGCCAGCAUUGCGGACGUGUGCGAGUCCAUGAAGGAGCAGCUGCUGGUGCUGGUCGAGUGGGCCAAGUACAUCCCCGCCUUCUGCGAGCUGCCGCUGGACGACCAGGUGGCCCUGCUCCGAGCCCACGCGGGUGAGCACCUGCUCCUCGGAGCCACAAAGCGAUCCAUGGUGUUCAAGGACGUGCUGCUGCUAGGCAAUGACUUCAUCGUCCCGCGGCACUGCCCAGAGCUAGCAGAGAUGAACCGGGUGUCCAUGCGCAUUCUGGAUGAGCUGGUGCUGCCCUUCCAGGAGCUGCAGAUCGACGACAACGAGUAUGCCUGCCUCAAAGCCAUCAUCUUCUUUGACCCAGACGCCAAGGGCCUGAGCGACCCGGGCAAGAUCAAGCGCCUGCGGUCACAGGUGCAGGUGAGCCUGGAGGACUACAUCAACGACCGGCAGUACGACUCGCGCGGCCGCUUCGGGGAGCUGCUGCUGCUGCUGCCCGCGCUGCAGAGCAUCACCUGGCAGAUGAUCGAGCAGAUCCAGUUCAUCAAGCUCUUCGGCAUGGCCAAGAUCGACAACCUGCUGCAGGAGAUGCUGCUGGGAGGGCUUACUCCUGGCUCCUGUGCUCAGGGAUCACUCCUGGCAGGCUUGGGGGACCAUGUGGGGUGCCAGAGAUCAAACCCAGGGUCCUCCAGUGAGGCACCCCACGCCCACCACCCCCUGCACCCCCAUCUGAUGCAAGAACACAUGGGCACCAACGUCAUUGUGGCCAACACGAUGCCCACUCACCUCAGCAACGGACAGAUGUGUGAGUGGCCCCGACCCAGGGGGCAGGCAGCAGCCACCCCGGAGACCCCGCAGCCCUCCCCGCCUGGCGGCUCGGGGUCCGAGCCCUACAAACUCCUGCCAGGAGCCAUUGCCACCAUCGUCAAGCCGCCCUCUGCCAUCCCCCAGCCCACCGUCACCAAGCAGGAAGUCAUCUAGCACGCCGCCGGGGGGCGGGGGCUCCUACUGGCCCCCCAGCCCCCGCAGAGCACCCCUGGGUGGGUGGUGACCCCAGCGACAGAAGGCGGGACCACAAGAGAAGCCCAGUGCAGCCACGGAAGGAGCGAUGGACCCAUGAACUCGGGCUGAGGCCCACGUCCGUGGCCACCCUCCCCCCUCACUCUGCAGGACUCCGGACAGGCCUCUGCCUCCCCCCACCGUGCCCACCCCCAGAGGGCUGCUGUCUGGCCCCAGCCCCUCUGCCUGGGGCUUCUCUCCUACUGGCACACAAGCUGCGAGUCAGGAGUCACAAGGCCAGAAGGAGGGCCACCUCCAGGGACACCUCGGUUCUCUCCGAGUCCCAGCUGCCUUUCGGCACAAAACUGACCUUCUCUCUCCUCCUCCUCCUCCUCCUCCUC